CAGAGAGAAGUUUUAGGGCUGCUCCUUCAGACUUGAACAGGAACCGGGCGUUAGAGAAACUACGAGGAUAGAGAAAGGGUUUCAGUUUGAAGUAAACAGACGUCAUGGCGAAGAGGAUGCUGUGCUUGUGUCUCUGUCUGACAAUCUGCCAGGUCAGAGGUGUUCCUGUAAAGAUGAACAAAACCAUUCAGAGCCUCCUGCAGUUCUACGGGCAUGAUAAGCUUCCAUUGCGUGUGAGGUUUAGCGGGGAGACUGUGUUCCCCAGAGAAUUUGCACCCGGCAGAAUUGAGGUGAACCGCCUGUUGUUGGGAGGAAUUAUGGAGACCUAUGAAGAACUGAUUAGUCUAAUGAUAAAGCAGCUACCAACCACAGGUCCCAAAACAGACGAUAACAGUAGCCCUCCCCCCUCGAGUGCUCCUGUCCCCCAGGCCCAAGUGGCAAAGUCUGAUACGGAUAACAUACGAGGGCAACUGCACUACAUACUAACAAAGAUCCAAGACCUGAGGAAGAACGUAUUUGCAGAACAAGACAAGAUACUCCACAAAGUUUACACCAUCAAGCCCAUCCAGAUGGACGACAAGGUGAUCCAGAGCAAGGCGUUGUGGGAGCUGCAAUACCUCUACGAGGAGGCGAGAGCUCUCAAUGACGUCAGGCGUCGGCGGCGCAGGCAUGCACACAAGUUCAAAACCCCCUAACGUCUUCAAAGGGUAUCAGGAAAGGAGUUGUCAUCCACAAAUGACCUGUUUAUUAAUGGGGGAAAUGAGGGAUGACAAAGCAAUGAAUAUUUGAACUGUGGAUUCUAUCAAAGGAAUUUAAAAAGCAAGACCAAAAAAGAGAAACAAUAUAUGCUUUAGAUUAACAAUAGCUUGAUAAAGGUGGAGUUGACAGGCUGAAAAACUACAAGUCAUUUUGGCUGCAUAGAAGAAUGCGCUUUGACAACAUCAAAGUAAAGAAUGAUGACCAAAUAGCAAUUGCAGCAACAAUUGAUCAUCUUAGUAUGUGAGUAAUAACUCCAUAAUAAUGAGUUACUGAACGAUGUAUUUUCAAUGAUUCACUCCAUAGAGGCUCUUCUUUGUCUUCCUCCGUCUGUGGACAGGAGAAAAUGUGUGCUGAGCAGCAGAACUGUCCGCAAGAAACAUGAUUUUCUUUCCUCCCUAUAAAUAUGACUUAAAGCAACAAAAGGGAAUUAUGAAUUGGCAAUUGGCGAUCGGUUGCAGCCAUGCCUAUAUUAUCCACUUUUUGUGCAUUAUUAGCAUAAUAUGGUAUUAAUAGUACAUAUUUCUAGAUUGACUCCUUAAAUUGUAACUGUUUUUUCUUCCUGAAAUCACAUUUACACUGACAAGACAGGAUUUUCCAGGUUUUUCUGUAAACACAUUUUCCUUUCCUUGACUGCAAAAAAUGUGUCUUUUAUAUAAUUCAUUGUAAUAUUUAUUUUUCUAUUUAAGAUGU